UCUGAGUGUAUAGAAAUGUGCUGUUGUUGCUCAGCCCUCCGUAGGCGGCGCUGCAAAUGUCAAAAUAGUAGAGAAAAGGUGCUAGAGGAAAUUCUGCAAGUUCUCAAAAAUGCUACGAUUAGCAACAAAUAUAGCAUACCGAUGGAGUGCCACGCUGUGCAGAAUGAAUGCAAAAGCUGUAACAGCAGAAUGUCCAAAAGUUCUACACCGCAACUUAUCCUCGUGCUACAUCCAAGCUCAUUACCAGCCACAACCACAAAUCUCCUGCGGGCUAAGCUGUAAUCCCCGUAUCCUGGACAUUGCUAGGUCUGUGCCAGCAAUACAUCAGCAAAGCCGAGGAGUUACAAAGUUUUCAAUGCACAGCGGAAAGAGGAAGUCCGUAAAGGCAGUGCUGAAGAGAUUUCAACGUCUAGAUUGGGGUAUUUGGAUCCGCACACGUACUGGAAGAUUUAAGCACCUGUGGCGCAAGACAUCAAGCAGGAAGAGGCGUCUGCAGAAGCACGUCUUUGUCAACUCCACGCAAGCUUGGAUGCUCGAUAAGAUGGUGACAAAGUUCUGGAGAACUCCAAAGUACUACGUUGACGAUCCCUACCGUCCCUAUCACUCACGCGAGGAAUUCCUCUACACCAAGAAGAAAACGGAUCAUUUCUGAUCACCUACGCAAUUUAUUUGCUUUUGUAGAAAAAUAGAUUAACAACUAAUCAUCCUUGA